UUGACAGUACAGAACAUCAAAUCGUAAAACAACAUGAGUUUUAAUUAGGGUUAAUUAGAGGUGUAACCAGCUCAGAAUGUUAAGCCAAAUCGUAAAUGUUCUGCGACAGGCCCGAAAAACUUUCGCAAGUAAUCCGGAACUUAUGUAUCAAAACAUAGAAUUAUUAAAAGCGAUUCUCGACAGAACAACAUCUGAAGACGUCAACUUGAAUCCCCAGUUUGCCACGGAAGACCUAUGGAAGCGUCCCGGAAAAGCACCUGUCACUUAUAUAGAUAUAUUUGAAAAUCAUCAUUUCACAGUUGGAGUGUUCGUCUUGAAGCCAGGCAUGAAGCUGCCGUUGCAUGAUCAUCCUGAAAUGCAUGGGUUAAUCAAAGUUAUUAGCGGAAAAAUAAAAGUGCGCAGCUAUUCUGUAGUUCAAAAUGAAAGCACUAGCCAGUCUAAUUUAUUUGCAAUUCGCAACUUAAAGGCCAGUAGAUUUGCACAGUUAAGAAGUAACAUAUUAUUGGUUGAAAAAAACGAUGAUGUCGUGCUAGAUGCUCAAAGUGAGACUUGCAUUUUGGAACCUGAGAAAAGAAAUUUGCAUGAAAUUGAAAGUGUAGAUGGGCCUGCUGCUUUUAUAGACAUCCUUGCUCCACCAUAUGAGAGUAUCAUUCCAAACGUGGGGGAGAGAAAAUGUAACUACUAUUGCAUUUUAUCUCAAGAUUCUCCAAAUGUCUUUAAGUUGCAAAAGGUGGGAUGUCCAUCUUGGUAUUGGACAGACUCAUACCAAUACUCAGGACCAGAAAUACCACAGGAACUUGCAAAUUAGUCAAUUGUCAUCUCACUCUGUACCACAUUAAUUAGAAUAGGUAUUUCAGCCUGCUUGUGAUAGUAGCAUAAAAUAUUCUGUAUCAUAAUUUGCCCUUUACCUGAGAUAGCUUCAAAUCUACUACAGUUUUAAAUGUUAUUUAUUUAUAUAAUUGUUAAUAAAUUAAUUAUUUUUUUCA